UGACUAAUUUUGUUGCCAACUGUAUAUCCUUCCUGGGCAAUCGGAAAGCUGAGCAGUCAUGCAGAUAACGAAGUAUGUUAUAGCGUUUGUUUGCUUAGCUUCUGCAUAACAAAGAUGGGAUAAAAACACCGCCACUCAUCCUCUACUCACUGCCAGGUAAAUAACUGUUGAGGAGACAGAGUCAGACAUGUCUUCAACAGCGGUGGUGGGAGAGUAUUACCUGAAAGAUCCCAACGAUGACAGCCGGGUCAAGGUUGGGACCUACUCUGACACCUCGUAUGAUCCAGAACCAACCAAGGCCGGGUUUUUCACCAGCGACUCUCACCGAGGGAGCAUGAGUAACGGUUAUAGUAACGGGGACAGUGAACGGAGGGACUCCAGGCCUAAUGUCCCGUUUGUGUCCGGAGAUGGCGUCAACCAAGCCCGCCUCAACAGGCCGGCUGCUGUGAAGGUGUUGCCCUAUGGUAUGGUGGGAGACUACUUCACCGUGGACGCACAAGGUCCGUAUGACACUACCGCCAAGCCUUUGGACCUGAGGAAGGAGAGGGAUGGUCAGAUCAUCGGCAGCUACACGCCAGACAAUAUUGGGCCAUGGACUGUAUCUGUGAAGCACGAGGGAAACCACAUUCCCAACAGCCCCUUCACAUGUGAAGUGUACGACCCCACACAGGUGGAGGUCAACGACCUGCAUGACGACAUCUUAGGCAAACUCGUCAAGUUUUCAGUCAACACAGCCAAGGCUGGGAACGGAGACCUGACUGUCCACGUCAAUGGGCCAGACGGUCGGCGCGUGCGCAGUAAGAUAGAAGAUGUGGGCCCCCACAACUACAACGUCUCGUUCUCUCCUGACACCGCGGGGAAUCACAAGAUCGAUGUCGAGUUCAACAAUGACGAAGUCAGCGGAAGCCCAUUCAACUGCUACAUCGGCGAGCCCGGGCUGAUUGAAGCUGAGGAGUCUCACUCAGUCGCUGGAAGCCAUCAUCACGACCAUGACCAUGACCAUGAUCACCACAACCAUGAUCAUCAUCAACAUGAUCAUGACCAUGAUCAUCAUCAUCAUCACGAUCAUCAUGACGCACCGGCCACCUAUACUGUCACGGAGUCCCGAGCUUUGGAACCGCCCAAGAGGGAGGUUAUCGUCACGGCCAUUCACGGAGCUGUUGUCGAUCGUCCAGCCGGAUUCCUAGUCGAUGCGACCCGAGCGGGCGGUGGCGACUUUGACAUCACUAUCACCAAUAACGAGCGCCCGGUGCCAUACCAAGUCGUUGGAGAGAGGGAACCCGGUGUGUUCGAGGUGACGUUCCUACCUAAGGAGGCAGGAACCUACAGAAUCGACGUGUUCUAUGAGGGAAAGCCUGUCAGGGGAAGCCCAUUCUACGUCCGUAUCCAGGAUUCGGCUGACAUUGAACACUACAUCUACGUACCUUCCAAAACCACCGUGUACCAAGAGGUGGAGGUAGAGCAACCACGCUACACUGUCGAGCAACCACGCUACUCCGUUGUUGAAGAGCACAGGGAGCGAAGGCCUCCUACACCGGUGUACCGGACUCCUACCCCUCCACCGGUGGUGUACCGGGCCCCUACACCCCCACCGGUAGUGUACCGCGCUCCAACGCCCCCACCGGUUGUCUAUCGGGCCCAGACUCCACCGCCAGUGGUCUAUCAGCAGGCCCCACCACAGCAAGCCGUGUAUCAACAGUCAGCACCAGCGUACCAACAGUCGGCACCAGCUGUCAACGACCGCUGUUAUGCCCAUGGAGAGAAGCUUCAUACGGUCUUCAAGGACCGACAUGCCGAGUUUCCCAUCAGGACUGAGGACUCCAUGAACAUGAAAGAGAUGGACGUGCAGAUCCUUGGCCCAACAACUAGAGCUCUUGCCUCCCUGGAAAAGGACGCGGAUACCACCGCAAACGUGAGGUUCGUACCCACGGAGACCGGUCGGUUUGACACGUCAAUCAAAUACUACGGGAAGGAGGCAGAAGGCAGUCCGUUCUCCUUCACAGUAAUUGAUCCUAACGACAUCACCUGCGUGUACCCACCGGUAGGGGCGGACAGGUCAUUCACCUGGCCGGUAGGCGACCCGUGCAAGGUGACCCUUGACACGUCCAAGGCUGGGUCAGGUCGUCUGGGGACAAAGGUCUCCGACCCACUUGGGUCAUCGGUACCCACGAACUUUGACCAGGAUAAUGCCUUCCAGUUCACCCCGAGGGUGGAAGGGAGGCAUCCCAUCAACUUGGACUGGGAUGGUGCGGACCUGGCCCCUAUCUACUGUGACGCGUACAACAGCCGAGACCGCGCGCGCACACCGCCCAGUCCGGCCGCGGCCAAGCAGUCCUACGAAGUGAUCCUGAAAGGCACGGGCCUGCAGCGGGCCAUGGUGGACGAGACUGCGGAGUUUACCAUCGAUGGGACACGGGCUGGUGGAGAUUUCAUGACAGACGUAGACACAGGUGAUGGCUACAGCACAGAUGGGAGAGGUACCCCUGCCUGUAGUGUUACCGGCCCUGAAGGUCCGGUUGACGUAUUCCUACAACCAUUGGAUGAUCAGGGUGACAUGUACAAGGCUAGGUACACACCGAGGGUCCCAGGCGUGCAUGACCUGGACGUGGCCUGGUCCGGACGCCCGCUAGAGGGCUCUCCGUACAAAGUGCAAGUUGAGGGCGGGGCCAGGCGCGACGCAUCCAGAGUUGAGCUUGGCGGGUUGGACAGGGACCCCGUACUGGUUGGCGAGCCCGCAUACCUGACCGCUGAUCUGAGGGACGCUGGGCAAGGAGGAAUUUUGUCUGCUCGCUGUAAGGGACCGACUCAGAAAGCCAAGGUUAACAUGAAGGACAACGGGAACGGUACCUACGGGCUAGAGGUCAUCCCCAGGGAGGAGGGCAAGCACAGGAUGGACGUCAGGUAUGACGACCAAGCGGUCAAAGGGAGUCCCUUCAAUUUCUACGUUGUGGGGCCAGUUGAUCCCAGUAAAGUGCGCUGCUUCGGGCCGGGCUUGGAGAGCGGCAACCUGCAGGGGUACAGGGGCAACUUCGUCUGCGAGACAAAGGGUGCUGGGCACGGCAAGCUGCAAGUCAGGGUCCAUGGACCGAAAGGGGGGUUCAACGUGCGGAUGACACCCAUCAAGGACAGCGGUAACCGCACCAUCGCCGUGGAGUACGAACCGAGAGAGCCGGGAGACUACCACAUCGACGUCACGUGGGACAAGCAGCACGUUCCCGGCAGCCCCUUCCUCGUCAGGAUCGAUGAUGAGGACGAGGUGAUGUACGCCGAUAGGAACGGCGGUGACUACGGUUACUACCACAGCGAGCCCAUCACACGUAGCCGCAGCGCCUCCCAGCGGAGCAGCAGGCAUGUCAAGUACCCAAAUUAUGGGUACGCGUUGCCUGGCAACUACAAGGAGAAGGAAAGAAUCUAUGGUAGGAGGAUAGAACGCGACGGGCCCGUAUCAACAUACUACUAACAAAUCAGAUCAGUUACAGAUGUUUAAAGGGGUGGCUUUGAUAAGACCAUUGAUGAACAUACCCCGGCCAUUUUAACAAAACACAGAACACCUCUUUCGUAUGGAAAAAGUAAUAGCAUAGUUUAGUCUUCUUUGAUGAAUACCACUCAGCUUUAUGAAAGUUAGCUGUAUAGCAGCUUAAAAACCAAGACGAGUACAUGUGAAUGACACCAAGAUGCCAUGGGCGUUCAAUGUAAAAGAAAAGGCCUAAAGUUAAUACACCGCUUCCUUUAAGACACUUUCUUUGUUACACGUAAUCAGGUGAUAUGAUGGUUUAAAUGGAACCUUUUCUUUAGCUUUGGAGACAAUGUGGCCCCACGAAAAUAAAAACGCUAGUGGCGCCUUUAUUGCAAUGGAAUUGCUUUGUUUAUGUCUGUUUUUUUUUUCAAUUAUAUAUGUUACAUAGUUAAUUUUGAUAGUACCUAUUGC